AUGAUUUUCCGGCUGAUUACCUUCUUUUCCUUGAAAAACUUGAAAUGUGGAAUAGAGCUCGGACAAUUUGCAGAGGGGCUUUCAAGGGGUCCGUUUCUCGAUAGUCCCGAUAGCUCCGAUAGUCCCGAUAGCUCCGAUAGUCCCGAUAGCUCCGAUAGUCCCGAUAGCUCCGAUAGUCCCGAUAGCUCCGAUAGUCCCGAUAGCUCCGAUAGUCCCGAUAGCUCCGAUAGUCCCGAUAGCUCCGAUAGUCCCGAUAGCUCCGAUAGUCCCGAUAGCUCCGAUAGUCCCGAUAGCUCCGAUAGUCCCGAUAGCUCCGAUAGUCCCGAUAGCUCCGAUAGUCCCGAUAGCUCCGAUAGUCCCGAUAGCUCCGAUAGUCCCGAUAGCUCCGAUAGUCCCGAUAGCUCCGAUAGUCCCGAUAGCUCCGAUAGUCCCGAUAGCUCCGAUAGUCCCGAUAGCUCCGAUAGUCCCGAUAGCUCCGAUAGUCCCGAUAGCUCCGAUAGUCCCGAUAGCUCCGAUAGUCCCGAUAGCUCCGAUAGUCCCGAUAGCUCCGAUAGUCCCGAUAGCUCCGAUAGUCCCGAUAGCUCCGAUAGUCCCGAUAGCUCCGAUAGUCCCGAUAGCUCCGAUAGUCCCGAUAGCUCCGAUACAUUGAAAAGAAGUAGUGGUUAUAUAAUGACACCUGAAGAUAAUGGUGUAGACUAUUUGUCUCACAUUCAAACCAGGAAGCCCGCUGUAUCCCGUAUACUUAUGAGAACCCUGUUCCACAAGAGAAAGAUGAUCCAGGAAUAUAAAAUGUCUCAUUGA